UGGUUGAACGGAUUACGGAUACACUGAUACACUGAAGGAAGAAGACAACGUGCUGGCAGGGUUAGGUUAGGACGUGGGUGUACACAACAAAUCAACAAUAUAACAUAAAUAAAGAGGGAUCUUUCAUUUCAUUCUAGCCUAAGUUAUCUCUAUAGGCCUAUUUCUAUUCUAAGUCAGUAGUCAUUUACCCAAUAUUUAAUUGAUAUUUAGUCAAGUUAUAAUAUAUUAUAAUCAUUUUAAAAUAUGGAUUCUUCUGAGGAUGAAAUAACGAAUAGUGAGCAAAAUGACGUGAAUAAAGCCAGCGAUAGUGAAAUAGAAGAUUCAUCCGAAAAGCAGCUUACGUUCAAGGAAUUGGGAGUCGUCGAUGUUCUUUGUGAAGCAUGUGAAGCUCUUGGCUGGAAAAAUCCAUCUAAAAUUCAAAAAGAAUCUAUACCCCUAGCACUCAAAGGCAAAGAUGUUAUUGGACUUGCGGAGACUGGGUCUGGAAAGACAGCUGCUUUCGCCAUCCCAAUCUUGCAGGCACUGCUUGAAACUCCGCAGAGAUAUUUUGCCCUCGUCCUCACCCCAACCAGAGAAUUGGCGUAUCAAAUAUCAGAGCAGUUUGAAGCUUUGGGUUCAAGUAUCGGAGUGCAGUGUGCUGUCAUCGUAGGUGGAAUGGACAUGAUGUCUCAAUCACUUACUCUUGCCAAGAAACCUCACAUCAUCAUAGCAACUCCUGGCCGACUGGUCGACCAUCUUACCAACACCAAAGGGUUCAACCUCAAGGCUCUCAAGUACUUGAUCAUGGACGAAGCUGACCGUAUACUCAACAUGGACUUUGAAGUGGAGGUUGACAAAAUACUGAAGGUGAUUCCCAGGGAGAGACGGACUUUCUUGUUCUCGGCCACGAUGACCAAAAAGGUGCAGAAGUUACAGCGCGCCUGUCUGGUCGACCCAGUGAAAGUAGAAGUUUCCACAAAAUACAAAACUGUUGAUCAACUUCGUCAGUACUACAUUUUCAUCCCUUUAAAGUUCAAGGAUGUGUACCUGAUCUACCUGUUGAAUGAGUUAGCAGGCAACUCAUUCAUGAUAUUCUGCGCCACUUGUGCCAACACACUGAGGACGGCGCUGAUGGUUCGUAACCUGGGCAUGGCCGCAGUGCCACUACAUGGACAGAUGAGCCAGAACAAGCGACUUGCAGCUCUCACAAAGUUCAGAGCCAAGAGCAGGUCUAUAUUGAUCUCCACUGAUGUUGCCAGCAGAGGACUGGAUAUUCCUCAUGUUGAUGUUGUUAUCAACUUUGACAUUCCGACGCACAGCAAAGACUACAUCCAUCGAGUUGGUCGCACUGCCAGAGCCGGUAGAUCAGGUGUGGCAAUCACAUUUGUCACUCAGUAUGACGUAGAACUGUACCAAAGGAUAGAACAUCUGAUUGGAAAGAAGCUCCCCUUGUACAAGACCGAGGAUGAAGAGGUUAUGUGUCUACAAGAAAGAGUGGACGAGGCUAGACGAGUGGCUAAAAUGGAAAUGAAAGAUUUGGAAGAGAAAAAGGGAAAGAGGAAAAAUGGAGGUAUGGAUGACGACACGGAAGAAGGAAUGGGAGUGAGGAAGAGGCUUAAAGGAAAUAAGAAGCCCAACAAAAACAGAUCUUUUAAACGAAAAGCGUAGAAUGUUGUACAAAUAAGGUUUUUAUUGAAAAAAAUACAUUUUUAACAAAAAG